AUGACACCACGAAAUAUACUACGCCCCGCAGAACCUGCAGACUUCCACAGUCCUUUCAGAGGGUCCUUCCAAGCAAGCUCGCCACUCGCCGAGGCUUCGAUUGCUCGUGAUCUUGCUCACUAUGUCGACGAAGAUUCCACCUUCAGCACCGACGAGGCAUCCGAGGCCUCGACGGUGCGACCGGUCGACAGACGCCCUUCCAGUUCGUAUGCGGGGGGAAACCCACACUCGCUGGCGGGUUCAUAUCGUCGUCCGGGUUUCUUCACCAACGUCAACCACGCCACCAUCAUUCCCGCUCCCGCAGACUAUCAACCAUUGUCGGAUGCGGAGCGCUCGCUGGCGAUCGAGGAGGAGCGACAGUUGCUCAGUGACAAUAAUGUGAUCUCGAGCGAAGAGGCAGCAGGCCGAGGGCUUCAACACAAAUUGAGUAAAGUGUUCUCGACAUCAUCAGGCCUGGUCGGAGCUGGAAAACACAAUGAUUCCGUGAGUGGUGGGCAGGAUGAGACGACUGCCCUGCUCGGUGCUCCUGAAGCCAGUGAACUAGGCCCAGAGGAGAUUGAUCGCAAGUGGGAACAGGCCGUGACUGCCGGCCUGAUCACGACGACAUGGCGACGAGAGAUGGAAGUCCUCAUUCGCUAUUCCGCUCCUUUGAUGGUCACCUUCAUGCUACAGUAUUCACUGACCGUGGCGAGUAUCUUCACGGUCGGCCAUCUCGGGAAGGAGGAGCUGGGUGCUGUCAGUCUUGCGUCGAUGACUGUGACCAUUACCGGCAACGCAGUCUACUCUGGCCUCGCCACCAGUUUGGAUACCCUUUGUGCUCAAGCUUAUGGAUCAGGAAAGAAGAAGCUGGUGGGAUUGCAGAUGCUCCGCAUGGUCUACUUCCUCCUCGUCGUGACUGUCCCGAUCGCGAUCAUCUGGUAUUUCUCUGAAAUCGUCUUGGCCAAGAUCGUACCGGAGAAGCGCGUCGCCCAAAUGGCUGGAUUGUAUCUAAAAGUGGCACUGCUUGGAUUGCCAGGAUAUGCGUGCUUCGAAAGUGGCAAGCGAUAUCUGCAAGCUCAGGGUGUCUUUUCCGCCUCGCUUUACGUCCUACUCAUCUGUGCGCCACUGAACGCCUUUAUGAACUGGUUCUUCGUCUGGAAACUCCAAUGGGGAUUCAUCGGCGCGCCCAUUGCCGUUGUCAUUACCGAAAAUCUUCUUCCAAUCUGUCUAUUCGCGUACAUUUACUUCCGUGUCGGUGCUGAAUGCUGGUGUGGUUUCACGAGACGUGCAUUUGACAACUGGGGUCCCAUGAUUCGUCUUGCGUUGCCUGGUCUGAUGAUGGUUGAGGCUGAGUGUCUUGCAUUUGAAGUAUUGACCCUGGCCUCGAGUUACCUGGGUACCUCGGAACUAGCUGCUCAGUCUAUCCUCGCGACGAUAUCCAGCAUCGUUUGGCAAAUUCCAUUCCCUCUCUCUAUUGCCUGCAGUACUCGUGUGGCAAAUUUGAUCGGUGCUUCGUUAGUGGGUGCCUCGAAGACUUCAGCUAAGGUCAGCUUCUGUCUGGCGACCGUCGUUGGUCUUUUCAACAUGGCUCUCCUUUCGAGUCUCCGCACAUCCGUUCCCAGACUCUUCAGCUCUGAUCCCGAGGUGAUCGAACUUGUCGCCAUCGGUCUUCCCGUUUGUGCUGCAUUCCAACUUUUUGAUGCCCUUGCCGCUGUCUGCAAUGGUGUGCUCCGAGGCCUAGGGCGUCAGGAGAUUGGUGGCUAUAUUCAGGUGCUCUGUUACUAUCUGAUUGCCAUGCCUGUGAGCAUGAGCACGACAUUCGCCCUGGGCUGGGGUAUCCAAGGUCUCUGGACCGGAGUGGCGGUGGCACUAUUGUUUGUGUCAUCGACCGAAGCGUUCUUCAUCAGUCGAAUCAGCUGGGAACGCUCCGUGGAAGAAGCUCAGCGUCGUAACGAGGCUAUUUGA